AUGAGCGGAGGUGGUGUGACGAUGGUGUACGCCGAGGAUAGUAAGGCGUACUGGUCCUCCGCCCUGGGCCAGAUGAACAGGGCGGGCGUCACCCGGUAUCAGGCCGAAGCCAUCAAGAAAGCAAAAAGAGAGGAUGGCCAGUUUUUCUGGGCCGACGCCUCCAACCGCCAGCGGAGGGAAUUCUUUUCUGGCCCGACGGACCUCAUGGCGAACCUUUCUUGGGGUUGGCAUCACCCGAGCGGCGUCUACAAUACCAUCCCGGUCGGCAGCCCGCUUAUCGACGACCAGCUGAACAUCUACAUCGGAGCCGACGACGCCAUACGGAAGUUCGACGUCACUGGCGUGAUCAAGUGGAGCUACGCCCCUCGAGGUCAGCUCGCGGCGGCACCCAGCCUGUGCGUCGCCACCAGCCGGCGCCAGGUGGCCUCUGAAACGGACGGCGUAAGAGGCAAGGAUGCGGAGGAGAAAAACCUGCAGCAGAUGCUGCGGCCUGUUUGGGCCAAGGGCAGCGAGUCGGACGGCUCCUCUCAGCUCGUGGAUGAUUUCAAGGUCGGCGACCUCGUCAGGGUGAAGCCGGGCGCGAGCUUUUGGGCGGACGGCAGGGAGCUCUACAAGGCUGGCGACCAGGGGCGGCUCUCCAGCGUCGCUCCAGACAGUGAGGGCGGGGAGGGCAGGGCCGUCAUCCAGUGGACGCGCACUGGGCGCAAGAGCGUGGUAGAGAUCCACGCCAUCAAAAACCGAUUCGUGCGAGUGGAGGCGAGGCAGGCCACGCUGCCCCCCAUGCUGGUGGGGAGCACCACCUCCGGCUACGUGUUCGCGCUCGACCUCGACAGCGGAGAGGAGAUGUGGGCGACCUGGGCCUCGAACGAGAUCGCUGGCGUCAAGGGGGCUGUGGGCUGCAAGGGGGGAGUCGUGGUGGUCGCCACCGACCGCUGCACAGACCGGUACUGCUACAGGUACCGCAAUCAGACCAACCCUCUCACUCCGGGCAAUCAGUACGUCCGAGGCCUGAGCGCCACCUUCCAGCCUGUGUGGAACAUGGUUCCGCAGUGGGGCCCCGACAGCAGCGUCUUCUUCCAGGACUGGGAGGGUAGGCUGUAUGGCUUGGACUACUUGACUGGCAGCCAAAUAUUCAGGGUCGGUGGCGACAUCGGGACGCACACCCAUGCACACGCUUUGUACGACCCAGGCCACAACGUCGUCAUUACAAUGGGCGUGAAGUUCUAUACCUCGGGCCGUUGCAACCCUUACCCAGCACCUGGCAUCCUUCCUUCGUGUUGGACGUGGCCGGGCACACCGGGCUUCAUCCGCGGCUACAACGCCAGCUCUGGCAGGAAGCUCUGGGAGACAACGACGCCAGAGCCGCCAGCCAGCGCCGCCAUCGGAAUGGUCAACAGUCCAGAGUUUCACACCCGCUUCGUGGUCACCAUGGGCCACAACUGCUACAUCGGGGCCACCUCCCAGAUCUGGGCCGUCGAUCCCAACAACGGCCACCUGCGGUGGAACCUGGACGGCCCGACACUGUGGACCUCCCACUGUGCUGGCGACAAGGAGGGUGCCGACAUCCGCCGAGCCAUGGGCGGCCGUGAAAAGUGCCAUCCGAACAGCUGGUCCAUGCCCGCGAUCGAUUCGUUGGGCGACAUCUACGUUGGCAACCAGGUCGGCGUGCUGGAGAGGUACGGCUCUGCGAACCCGGGGCCUCCAGGCUCUGGCACUGGCAGCCAGACCCAGCUCCUCUCCUCACUCACGACUGGCGUGGCUUUCCAGGAUGCAGCCAUCGCGUUCGGCGACGGCGUCAUGGCCGUAUCCACGUGCACCUCCAUGAUCGUCUUCCGGUCCUACACAGAGUCGUUCCCGAGGAGCGGGACGGACGCAGUCUCGCACGACCAGUACUCGCCGAGUUCCGGCAUGGUCCAUGGCGACGAGAUGUCGCAUACGAUCUCUGAUGAGAGUCAUGGGGAUUGGUCCGUGACGCCGAAGGUUGAUUCAGACGAUAUUUGGUCUAAUGAUCAGCCUUUCUACGAUCCGAACGCGGACGGCGAGGGCCGCCUCGGCGUGACGAGCCUUGGGCUGUCCCUCGGCGCCAUGCUGCCCAUCGAGGCGGGCGCCGCGCCGGUGACGCAGCUGCUGUGCGCGGGCGGGCCGCCGGUGGGCCGCAAGGACGCCGCCUGCGCCGCCCCUGGGGCCCCGCCGAGCGGCGGCGGCGCGGCGCCAGUGGUGCGGCUGCUGCGGGCGGCCGCGGCCAGAGCCGAGGCCAGCCAGACCGCGGCCGUGGGCGGGCCCAUCGACGUGGACUCGGAGCCCGAGGCGGAGCCCGCCGAGAGGCCCGGAGGAGUGGACGCCUCGGUUCUGGCCGCGCUCCCGGCCAGCGUCCGGGCCGAGGUGCUCGCGCAGCUGGCUCCGCAGGAGCAGGCAGAGUGCGGGAGGGAGAGCGGGCGGAGCGCGACUGACGCGUGGUCGGGCGCCCGGCUCGGCCCCGACCUCCAUGGCUGCGUGCAUGGCGGCGACGCGCUGGCGCACGGCAGGGAGCGCCUCGCGCUGCAGAAGCGAGCGCGCUCCCGGUGUCCCGAGCUCUGGGCAGGGCGCGCGCGGCCUGGUUUGUCCGUGGGCCACGGCUUCCUCGGCAGCUACCCUUUGCUUCCCGUCAGCGGCCUGGACGGCAUCGGCCAGCAGUCUAGGGAUCGGUCGUCGUGUUCGGCAAGUCGGGUCUGGCUUACUUUCGUCGCCGCCUUGUGGGUAAGUGUGGCGUUCCGGUCGCCCUACGCCGCCAUCGUGGACGCGGCCUUCCUCGACACCUUCCUCAAGCUCCUGGUCUCGGCCCUCAGCGCGUCGCUGCGCUCGACGCUGGGCCUCGCGGCCCCGAGCGGUGCCGACGGUCCCGGAGGCGGAGCCCGCGAUGGCGGGUCCGGCUACUGGCGCUUCCUGUGCGAGCGCUUGGCGGAGGAGCACCAGGUGUACGUGCCCCAGCCCGUGUGCGGCAGUGGCGGCGUGCCGCUGGCGCCGCCGCCGGGCGUGGCGAGCAGCUGGCGAGAGCUCUUCGAGGACAUGCACCGCAUCGCCCGCGCCGAGUCGGCGGAGGCGCCGGGCGCCGGCGACGCGGCCGGGGAGAUGUUCUCCAUCAACGUCGCGGUGCGCUUCCGGCCUGCGCGGCCAGACUGCUCGGCUGCGGAGGGCGAGAAGGUCACGCUGCCGCUCCACCAGAAGGUGCAGCUCAUGCGAGAACGCUUGGGCUGCAGCAGCAAGGAGGCCGUGGCCAUGAUCAUGCGCGAGCGCGCGCAGAAGCUGGGAGGUCCUGGUGCGCCUCCAGCCGGCAGCGUCGCGCAGGGGGAGUUCCAGCCUUGCUUCGCCACCACGGUCCCUGACUCGGACCAGGAGAACCGCGAGAACCGACAGCCCGCAUGUCACGGCGAGGCGGUACCAGGUGCCUGCGCGCCUCACGGAAAGGGCACCGCGGGGACGGACGACGACCUGGCCGACGCCAAAUGUUCCGUCUUGGCCGUGAGGGAGGACACCUCCAGCGUGCUGGCGGUGACGCGGAGCAGCGGUCUCCGAGAGUUCGGCUUCGACCGCGUCUUCGCCGAGACCGCCGCGCAGGAGGACGUGUACGAGCUCUCGGCGCGGCGGCUCGUGGCCGAGUUCCUCAACGGCCGCAGCUCCGGCGUCAUCUGCUACGGCCAGACCGGCAGCGGCAAGACGUACACCAUGUUCGGCGCCCCCGAAGCUCAGGGCGAAGCCGGCCGAGGAAGUGGUGUUGCAAGCGCUGGCGGUGUGGUGCCUCGCGCGUGCAUGGAGGCGCUCGCCGCCGUGCGGGCGUGGCGCGAGCGGGGCCUCGAGGCGCGGCUGGGCAUCAGCUACGUGGAAGUGUUCGGCAGCGAGAUCUCCGACCUCCUGGCGACUGGCCAGGUGGUCGGCCAGGGCGUCGAGGGCCGCUUCCACGCCGUCCGCGCCACCGACCGCGUCGGCCACCGCUACGUGCUCGACGGCCACAACGAGGUCCGCGUGGAGUCCUGGGAGGAGGUGGAGGAGCUCCUGCGCUCGGGGGAGGCGUGGAAGCGCCGCGCGCACACCGCCAUGAACGAGAGGUCGACGCGCGCCCACACGAUCAUGGUGCUCUCGCUGGAGCUCGAGCCCGACGGCAGGCGCGCUUCGUGCGGUGGCCGCAGUACGACGCGUCGGAGCAGGCUGUUCUUCGCCGACCUGGGCGGCUCGGAGCAGCUUGCCAAGAGUCAGGCCGACGCUGGCAUCCGGGCGCCGGUGGCCAUGCUCGGCGGGGUGGAGCAGAGCAGGAUCAGUUGGCGGGAGUACUACCAGCACAGGCAGCGCGUUCAAGAGACUCUGAACAUCAACAAGGGGCUGUUCUCGCUCAAGCGAGUCGUCGAGGCCCUCCACAGGCGCUCCAUCCUCGUGAAAGAGGGCGCCCCCGCGCACACGUUGCCGUACGUGCCCUACCAGGACUCCAAGCUCACCAUGCUGCUGCAGGAGUGCCUCGGCGGCUCGGCCAAGGCCUGCAUCGUGACCACCGCCGCCAUGGACCCAGGUCACGCGGUGGAGACGCUUCAGACCCUGCGGUUCGCAGACACGUGCUCACAGGUGCAGAAGAGCCGAGCCGUUGACCAGGCGGCCUCUGUACGGAGCGCGCUGGACCAGGUCACGGUGGAGAUCGAGAAGCUCCAGGCUGACAUCGUCCGCAAGGAGCGGUGGGAGACACGCUGGGAGACCCGGCAGGACGUCGACACGAUCGCUGGGCGCUUCGGCGAAGGCAACACGGUGGAGCGCGUCGAGCGGGUCCUCAAGACGGUAUUGGUCGGAGCGGAGCAGGAGCGCGAGCGGCUCGAGCAGCUAUUGAAGCGCCAGGCGGAGCUGCAGGGCAUCGGCGGAGACUCCGCGCUGGGCAAGGACUACCGCGAGAUGCAGUCGGCGGCGACCGCCGACGGCGGCCGCGGGAAGGACUUCCGGCAGGGCCGCGGCGUGAGCUUCGCGAGCGGCUCCAAGGUGCGUGCGAAGGACUUCGAGACGGAGCAGGUGUUGGCGGAGACGCUGCGGUUCCUCUUCGGGAAGGCCGCCACUGCCCCGGAGGCUUUCGGCGAGACCCGCGAGGCACUGGGCGCCCGGCUGGCCCAGGACUCGCUGCCCGAGGCCUACCACGAGCUGGCCCGGGCGCUGCGGGCGUCCUGGGAGGAGCGCGCGGCCGCCGGGUCCGAGCCCCGAUCCUUCGGGAAGGCGAUGCUGGACCAGUGCCAGGCCUGGCAGAGGGCCUUCCGGGCGGACCCCGGCGCGCGCGACGCCGCGCUGGGCGAGCUGCUGGCCGCGGCCGGGGCCGCGGGCGCGAGCGGGGCCGCGCCGUCGGGCGGCCGAGGUGACAACCCCAGCUGA